AUGGGUUGUGGGGGCCCCAGUGCCGGGGAGACACUGCGCGCAUGGCUGUUGUCUGCGCUGGUCGUACAUGGCGCAGUUGCAGGCAAUCCUGACGCCAAGCGGCUCUAUGAUGACCUUCUCUCCAACUACAACAAGCUAGUUAGGCCUGUGGUGAACACGACAGACGUCUUGCGCGUCUGCAUCAAGCUCAAAUUAUCUCAGCUCAUUGAUGUGAAUCUCAAGAACCAAAUAAUGACCACGAACCUGUGGGUUGAACAGUCGUGGUACGACUAUAAGCUGCGUUGGGAACCCAAAGAAUACGGGGGAGUCCAGAUGCUUCAUGUGCCUUCAGAUCACAUCUGGCGCCCCGACAUAGUGCUUUACAACAACGCGGACGGCAACUUUGAAGUAACCCUUGCUACCAAGGCGACAAUAUACUACCAAGGCCUUGUGGAAUGGAAGCCACCCGCCAUUUACAAAUCGUCUUGUGAGAUUGACGUAGAGUAUUUUCCAUUUGAUGAACAGACAUGUGUUCUCAAAUUUGGUAGCUGGACGUACGACGGUUUCAAGGUAGACCUGCGACAUAUGGAUGAAAAACAGGGCUCCAACAUAGUGGAGGUCGGAGUUGACCUGUCGGAGUUUUACAUGUCUGUGGAGUGGGACAUACUGGAGGUUCCAGCAGUGAGGAACGAGAGGUUUUACACAUGCUGUGAUGAACCAUACCUCGACAUCACCUUCAACAUCACCAUGCGAAGGAAAACUCUAUUCUACACUGUAAACAUCAUCAUCCCUUGCAUGGGAAUCUCAUUUCUCACAGUGCUAACUUUCUAUCUGCCCUCCGACAGUGGUGAGAAGGUUACACUCUCAAUUUCAAUUCUUAUUAGUCUCCACGUGUUCUUCCUGCUAGUAGUGGAGAUCAUCCCCCCGACAUCGCUGGUCGUCCCCCUUUUAGGAAAAUACCUCAUAUUUGCCAUGAUACUUGUAUCUAUAAGUAUAUGUGUGACUGUAGUAGUUCUCAACGUCCACUUCAGAUCGCCCCAGACGCACAGAAUGGCGCCUUGGGUAAAACGAGUGUUCAUACACAUUCUUCCACGCCUACUGGUCAUGCGCAGACCUCAAUACCAGUUCGAGCCUAACAAGUUCAACUCAGGUCAAGUACUGAUGGCCAGUAGGGUUAGGGGUGGUAAGGAGCUGCAGGGAGGAUUUUACCCUUACCACACCACAACUGUAGGUACCAGCGACGACGAGACCUCCAGGACAAAACACGCAGAGACUCCAAGGUCGAGAGCAACCUCCAAGGAGGACCUCUCCCCAGGGACUCUCAUAGACGGAGGUCCUUUUGGCGGAAGUUGUCAGAUCCACGGUCCCGCCAGCCACGCCACGGUGGGCUCUCUUCUCAGCGGGGAGAGUGAAGAGGUGACGUUGUCCGCGCUCACGGACGAGUGCAAGAGUCCUGUAAUUCUUCGGAACCCCGCGUUUUCUCACACGUCCUGUCCCCCAGCCAUGCACAAAUCAUGCUUCUGCGUCCGCUUCAUCGCAGAGCACACGAAGAUGCAGGAGGACUCGACCAAGGUGAAGGAAGACUGGAAGUACGUAGCCAUGGUCCUAGACCGUCUGUUCCUAUGGAUCUUCACCCUCGCAGUCCUUGUAGGCACGGCAGGUAUCAUCCUCCAAGCUCCUACACUCUACGACGAUCGGAUACCUAUCGACAAGAAGUUCUCAGAAUUCGCAGCGGCAACGGUGGUGCGUUGUCCACCUCCCCAGUAGUCGCAUUACCCCUUUCUAAAACCAUCUUUUACGGCCUUCUUAUAUUUUACCAAAUUAUCAUUAUAGGACCUGUUAUAAUUAUUUUAGGUCAUUCUGAAAUUCUGCAGUUGUUUUACUGAUAUAUAAUCUACAAUAAGGGGUUGUGUAACCUUUUGGAUUGCUAAGUGAUUGGUUUGAAGUUAAACUACCACGGUUUCGAAGAUCUUGGAUUCAUUUCCAAGUUUACAUGGACAUUAAGCGUGUUCAAUCCUCUUCAAACGCACAAAAACAUUUAAAAAACUUGGACUUCGCAUGCAUGGAGCCGGCGGACAGUAAUAUGGCCACACAUCUGCCUACUCUACGCACGCGUUGUCCAGAACGUUUUUAAUUAUGGCCACGCUGUUUUCCCAUUUAAAAACCUUUGACGUUAAGAACCACUGUAGUUUAUCUACUUUGAACGGAUCAUUUGGUAAUACACGAGGUAGUGUAACCUAUUUAUCAUAGGAGUCAGAAGAUAUGCCUCAUAAUAAUAAAUGAUCCGAUAGGAAAGGAUUUGGAUGUAUACAAUUCUACGAUUAUUUCCCUCAGGUCGAAAAAUCAUUUGGAUUUUUCUCUUUAAACUUACUAUUGUUUAUGAACCACAAAACGAGAAAAAUGUACCACAAGCCAAAUUUUUAGGUGUACCACUCUGUAACUCCUAAACGUAUAGCUUUAGAAAAAUAAUGUCAAGAAUAAAAACGAUUUUUAGUUGCAUUUAAAUUCUAAAACAAUCAUAAAAUACAGGGUUUUCCAUAAGAAAUAACAACGUUUUUGGCCAUAUUGGAAAAUGGUGGACAUAUUUUUAAGAUUAGAAACCAUCCCAAAAAUCAUCUUUAAUAAAAGAGAGUACCCCAUAAAAAGUUAACUCACAAGUAUCAAAAAUACUAUCGCAAUGUAAAAUAUCUCAAUCAACGAAUAGGUAAAUUGGAGCAAAGAGUUGAAUCAUAAAAAUAUUUUACUUUCAAAUGGUACCUACCACUGAACGAUAUUGUUGGAAGAUUUUUGAAUCCAACUAAAGGAUUAUUUAAUAAUUUUCCGAGUUUACUUAAAAAUUUUUUUGUGUGAUAUAAAUUAUUUUGUAGGUCAGUUUCCUCAAUAAGUUUAAUUUAACGAAAUCUGUCUCAACCAUGUAUUUACGUAUAGAGGCUGUGAAAGAUGAUAUCCGUACCCAUUAACUAUAGAUAUUGUCAAUCGUUAAAAUAAUACAGUUAUAAAGCAAAGGGCUGCAACUUAUUUUUAAGAUGGUUGUGUAGUACGUGUUGGUAAAAUAAAAUACACUUUAAACUUUAAUAAACAUAUAUUUCAUAGUAGUAACCGAUGUUUUGUACUUAUAUUAAAGAAAUAACUUUAUUCUACAGUAAGGCGAACAAUAGAUUUUUGUUUUAUCUGAGACAAAAUAAACUGUAAUGGAAGUGUGUCAAUUGAAAAAUGUUAAAUUGAACGUUUGUGUUUUAAACUAGUAAAAUCUCAUAAAUGAUAAUGAUAAAUAUAUAUUAAUUAAAUCAAAUAACAAUAUUAAGGUGUAACAUCUUAAAAUGAAAUACUAAAAAACGGAAUAAAGUAACGGUUAAACGCCUAAACAACGGCUUGGCGUGCCUUCAUGUUGUUUUGUCUGGGAACACGAUUCUUGUUAUUAAAAUGUUAAAACGAAUGUUGUAUUAUAAAAUAUCUAACAUAAACAGUUUAAAGUUGUUAUUUAAUUUUACGAUAGUGUUUUGUUGGGUUAUUGUUGCGUGCUAAAUAUCACGUAUUGAAGAAAGUUUAUGUAUUUACAUGACGAAGUGUAUUUACACCAAAUACAAAAUGUAGUUGAAUCAUUCAUCAUUGUUAACUAUUUUACCAAUAUUAUCAUUGAUUAUGGUAAAAUUGUUUUCUACUACACCCAUU